AUGCAAGAAAGAAUAGUCCAUAAUCAAAGCAUUGAAUCGAAUAAUCAUAUCCAGCAGAGAAGUAACCAGCAACCGAUUCCACCAAUCGCAAAACGAGCAACAGCAGUUAGUAAUCCAAUAACAAGUACACUACCCACGCUCAGCAUACAACAUCGAAGUGACUCAGAACCACACUCAGUACCACUACAGGGAAAACCACAAAAGCAGGCAUUACAUAAAUGCAUCGUAACUCCUCCACAGAUUUCAACGCAUCAUCAAGAAAGUCCUAAAGUAUGUUAUCAACAAGCCUAUGCACAACAGUCGCCAGCCAACCACGAUCAAAAUACACAACCACGAGAACAAAAACAUCAAAUCCAAGAGCAUGAUUCAUCAUCACUUCCAGCACUACCACAACGUUUACCGAUAGAACUUGAGCCGCAGCCGCCAUCCCUUGUUAAUCAGCAACAAGCACAACGAGAAGCACCACCAAGAGAUAAUCACCAGUCCGGUCCACCAUCAUCUUCGUCAUCAACUACAUCGCCACAGAGGAAUUCUACUACAGUACCGCCAGUAUCGAACAAUCGUCCAGUACAACCUACGAAGUCAUUAGAUCCAUUAGAUAUCAAUGUUUCAGAUAGUAAACUUAAUACGGAACUACCAAGCCAAGAAACUCAAGCAAAGGAUAAAGUCAAGCGUGACAGUCAACAAGAACCAUGGUCACCACAAGAGGAAUUGAAUGUCAUUCAACCAAGCAUAAAAGGAAACAAACCAGAGAUUCUCAUACGACGUCUAGGCACAUUUAAACGAAAGGAUGACCAUCCUCAUGUCAAAAACCAAGAUGAUUACUACAAAAUUUUCAAGAAUCCAAAGAUUAGAAAGAGAAAUCGAGCCUCAUUCUGA